GCGGCCGAGGCCGGACGUUGCGGCCGAAACGCGGAGCCGCGAGCAGGAUUAAGUAGCGGCCGCGGCCACCGCGGGACGGCGCCGCUCUCCGCUACGGGCUUCCAGGUCUCCGUUGGCUGCACUGCCGGCCGUGGUGAAUAUUUGGAUGAAGCCAUUAGACUAAUUGCUUGCCAUCAUGAGCAGAAGUAAACGUGACAACAAUUUUUAUAGUGUAGAGAUCGGAGAUUCUACAUUCACAGUCCUAAAACGAUACCAGAACUUAAAGCCUAUAGGCUCAGGAGCUCAAGGAAUAGUGUGUGCAGCUUAUGAUGCUAUUCUUGAAAGAAAUGUUGCAAUCAAGAAGCUCAGCCGGCCAUUUCAGAAUCAGACCCAUGCUAAGCGAGCCUACCGAGAACUAGUUCUUAUGAAGUGUGUUAAUCACAAAAAUAUAAUUGGCCUUUUGAAUGUUUUCACACCACAGAAAUCCCUAGAAGAAUUUCAAGAUGUUUACAUAGUCAUGGAGCUCAUGGAUGCAAAUCUUUGCCAAGUGAUUCAGAUGGAGUUAGAUCAUGAAAGAAUGUCCUACCUUCUCUAUCAAAUGCUGUGUGGAAUCAAGCACCUUCACUCUGCUGGAAUUAUUCAUCGGGACUUAAAGCCUAGUAAUAUAGUAGUCAAAUCAGACUGCACUUUGAAGAUUCUUGAUUUUGGACUGGCAAGGACUGCAGGAACGAGUUUUAUGAUGACGCCUUACGUGGUAACUCGUUACUACAGAGCACCAGAGGUCAUUCUCGGCAUGGGCUACAAGGAGAACGUGGAUUUAUGGUCUGUGGGGUGCAUUAUGGGAGAAAUGGUUUGCCACAAAAUCCUCUUUCCAGGAAGGGACUAUAUUGAUCAGUGGAAUAAAGUUAUUGAACAGCUCGGAACACCUUGUCCUGAAUUCAUGAAGAAACUACAACCAACAGUAAGGACUUACGUUGAAAACAGACCUAAGUACGCUGGCUAUAGCUUUGAGAAACUGUUUCCUGAUGUGCUUUUCCCAGCUGACUCAGAACAUAACAAACUUAAAGCCAGUCAGGCGAGAGAUUUGUUAUCUAAAAUGCUGGUGAUAGAUGCGUCCAAAAGGAUCUCCGUAGACGAAGCUCUCCAGCACCCGUACAUCAACGUCUGGUAUGAUCCUUCAGAAGCAGAGGCCCCACCACCAAAGAUCCCUGACAAGCAGUUAGAUGAAAGGGAGCACACAAUAGAGGAGUGGAAAGAACUGAUAUACAAGGAGGUCAUGGAUUUGGAGGAGCGAACUAAGAAUGGCGUCAUAAGAGGGCAGCCGUCUCCUUUAGGUGCAGCAGUGAUCAAUGGCUCUCAGCAUCCGUCGUCUUCGCCGUCUGUCAAUGACAUGUCUUCAAUGUCCACAGAUCCGACUCUGGCCUCGGAUACAGACAGCAGUCUAGAAGCAUCAGCUGGACCUCUGGGCUGCUGUAGAUGACUACUUGGGCCUUGGGUGGGUGGGAGGGAUGGGGAAUUGGUUAGUCAUUGAUAGAACUGCUUUAAAAACAAUUCAGUGGUCAUAUUUUUGAGUGAUUUUUCAGAAAAUGUAGAAUUCAUUUUGUAGUAAAGUAGUUUAUUUUUUUUAAUUUCGAGUGUUGUAAUUUAAAACCUAAGUUGUGUUUUUAAACAGCAACAAAACUGUAUUGUAUUUUUGCUGUAAUUAACUGUAUAAUGUAAACCUAAUUAUUUUAUCAUGGUUUAAAUUUUGCAUAUUUGCUUUAUCUUAUGCUGCUGAUUUUUUUACUGAAUUUGUAAGAUUUUUGUUUAUCAAAGCAACUAUUAUGUGGUGACUUGCAUAUAUCAUGAAUUAUUUAAGAUGUUUAUAAGUUUUUUUAUUAGAAUUUAUUUCAGAUGUUUGUUCAUGAUGCUAUCCUUCAGGGUUAUGUGCUUAUCAAUGAAAUAACCCCAGAGGAGUAAGGGAAAAUAACCUGUAGCCAGUUAUAUUCAGGAAUAACUACUGUAAAUGAUGAACGUGUCAAGAAACCUCCAAUAUUUGCUACUUGCCAAUCCCAUCUUAGUUAAAACAAUUGGUAGGCAACCUUACCUAAAUUUUAGCGGACACCCUGUUAUCUAAAUGACAGAGUAACAGAGCAUGUCUUUAAAGAUGCUGGGGACCUCCUUCUACAUUUGAGUCUCCCUACACCAACCUAACAAAACUUAAAUUAAGAAAUGUGGCAUAUUCUGAACACUUGUGGCAUGCUUGAAGCUUUUGAUCACACAAAGUCAAGAGGAUCCUUCAUGAAUCUACAUUUCAGUGGAGCUCAGCAGACGCUUCCCCUGUCCUAGCGCUGAGCCUGCUUCUGUAUACACUGAGGUAUCUCCUCAGCCUGUAGGUCCUGGCAUUGGUCCAAGAGCCUGAACUUUCCCAUUUGUUCAGUUCCUGGGCGCUGGACCUUUCCCAAAUCCUGCUCACUUAGCAGUCAGUCUGUUGAGCACCAGUUGGUGGUGUUCCUGGCCAUUUGAUUCUACCUGUAGCAUAGUCCUGUUUCUACUAGCUGUCAGGAGGUCCCAAAGCCUACUUAAACUUGUGUAGGUGACAUUUAAAUGAGCAAUAUACCGUUCAUCUGAAAAUAGUAGCACACAGCCAUAUGUAGGAUGUCAUUUUCUAAGGACUGUUUCUUCACAGUGAGCAGAGCAGGCAUAGUGGUGGCUCUUUAGUCUGAGUCUUUGGUUUGUUUUAUGUCUGAUUUCCAGUGUGGACGUUGAGUAGUGUAAGAAUGGUGCUGCUCCUGACAAGUGUGUGUUCACUGUUUACAUUUUAUAUCUGCAGAAUCCUUCUCUGUAACUGAAUCUUUCCUAAGUAAAAUGUCAUCAAGGCCUCAUUAUUUCUGAAAUGAUGUCUGCAAUACCCAGGCACCUUUGGUAUUAUCUGGAGUAAGAGGGGCUUCAUGGAAUGAACUGGGAAAUGCAUGCUGUAUGAGCUGCAGGGUUGUAGGAAGAAGCCCCUUGGAGCUUCCAGCCAGCAGCAAGAGCAGGCACAGCCUAGACUAACGAAAGGUUGCUUAGCAGGUUUUCAUUUGUUUGUUUUGGUUCUAUUUUGUUUGGGGAGGAUUUUUUUUUUUAAUAUUUAGUGUAGAAUUACUUUUAAAUAGAGUAUUUUAAGUCAUUGUUUAUGUGCAAUACUUAAGACUAAGAUACAUUAAUUACCUUUUUAUAUACUUUGAAAUAUAGCAAGUUAGUUUAUUAUGAUUUCUAGCCUCUCACCUUUUAGUGAUUCCUUUUCUAUAUGUACAACAUGGUGCAUUAAUUUUGUUAGACAAGUGUGAAUUUGAGACUGUCGUGCCUCUUGGGUUAUAGAAAUAGAUGGUUGGAGUCAGGAUUUUAGCCGAGAUCGGAGCAUGAGCGUGUUCUUAUUUUAUACUAGUUUUACAACUAACUGGUUUUAUUUUCCCUAUGAUAAAAUGUGUCACUAUUGCACUUAACAGCUGACAUGCUUUAGUUAGUUUUCGGUGUUUUGUACUUGAUCGCUGAGAAGCCGUCUUUCUUGGUUCAGAUUUCGGUUAAGUAAGGAAUACCAGUUGUUCUGAUUGUAUCAUUUAUUGUAAUUGCCAGCUCCCACUUGCCAGCCUUCGUGUUUCAGUUGAAUUAAAAGAAAACAAGCUUUCAGUGCUUAAUGUAAGCUGAAAUACUUAACAAAAUUAUACCCUAAAAGCAAGGUCUGUUUGUUAAACACGUGGUCCAGCUUUUUAAGAUCCACUGUACACGCGCGCGCGCACACACACACACACACACACACACACACACACACACACACACACCUUUGUUUAUAUCUGUUAACAUAAACCCUGCUGGUACUUUUUAAGAGUCUUAAAGCAUCUUAAGUAUUUUUUUAAGGAAUUACAAAUAACAUUUCUGUCUCUCAGUACUUGUUAAACCACCCUAUCAUUUGACUUUUCAAUGACAUGUAUUUAAGAUGCCGAUUGUCUUACUGUCUGAAAGUUGUUUAACUUAGAAUUAGCAUUCCACUUCAUGGUUUAGGAAAGAGAGCCUUAUUCUUUCUACAUGUCUUCCUGGUUCCAGUUCUCGUACCCGCUAAUAUGUAGUGGUCAUCCAUAAGAUGGCCAUGUUGUUGGGAUUGCUUUGUUACAAAUAGAGCAUCCCAGUCUUCGAUGCUCUUUGCUAAGCGGUCUUUACUGUGUCACGCCAUGCUGCUGAUCGCCAGAUCUCAGAAGAGUACACACCAGAAACAGCGGCCCAGUGCGUUCACACCUGGCUUGUAAGAGAAGCAGUAGCCCCGCCAGUACAGAGAAGCUCAAUUGUGUACAAAGCAGCAGCCUGCCUGUCACCUGUGUCCCUCAGUUCUGAGCUCAUCUCACUUUGUCACCCUAAGACUUGGAGGUGGGAAGGACACUGACAGGACAGGACGAGCAGUAGGCCAGGGAAGCUGCUUCCUGAGUCACAGUGGGACUUGGUUUACAUCAUUGGUCAGUUUCUGCCACACACCCACACACGAAGACAGCCAUGAGUGCUGCCUAAGCGCUAGCCUGCACAGCAUUUUGAGACUUAAAAGAAAAACAACAUAGUAUAUUUUCAGGAAUCCUGUUGUAGUUUGUGAGUGUUGUUCAUUAGUCACACAUUAGUGUAGAGUGGAUGCAUGAUGCCCCAUGACCCCAGCAAUUCUUACCAGUGAGUAGGUACCCAGCACCGUCUCUCACCCGUAGCCCUCUUCAGCAUUGCCCUGUGGCCUGUUGCAUUCUAGUUAGUGUGCAUCGUGUUUUACUGAUCUCUUGGGUGCUUCUUGUAAACCACAGGAAGCACAUUUGUCUUAGUCGCACAAAAGAUGAAAGAGAUAAAGGGCAUUGAAGCAGAAAUGUGUGGUUUGGGGUAAGAUAGGAAAACUUGUGUCCAAGUUAAUUUCAAAGUAACUGCUCUUAGGCAGAGUGCUCUUAAGGGGAGUCUAGUAAGCAACUUUCUGGGCACUUCUGGUUUCGAUUCUCUUCGUUACUGAAACUCCUGAGAACUAUUACCUGUGGAUUAGUUUUGCACAAUGUCCUAUUCUCACAGUGACUUAAAAUUAGACUAGGUUUUUAAUUGAACUACCUCACACCGAUUUUCUAUGCUUUCCCAAGUAAGCUGUUGCCCUUACUGUUAGACCUUUACUCAGUGUAAAUUUUAAAUGUGCGUUGAAUACUUUAUAGCCACUGUUGACAAAAUACCAGUAAGUGUGUGAAGUGCAAGCCUUGCAUCAGUAAGAGACAGUCCCGUGCAGUCUUCCACUGCGUCUGGGGAAUUGUGCUGCAUAUGCUUAUUGACAUCAUCACUGUUUUGUAAGAAACCUGCUCAAGAUAUCAGUCCACGCUUUACAUUUUACAAAAGGAGGAAAUCUUAGUAAAUUUUACGAAGAAAUAAAUUACUUUUGUAGGCCCAAUAUUUGGUAUAUUUUUGAGAAGCUGUUAAUCUUAUAGCCGAAUGAUGAAGUUAAACUGAAGUAGCUGUCUGCCUGGACUGUGACGUCUAUUUUCUCAUUACGUUUUACCCUGUUAAUAAGGUUUUAAACCUCAAAACAUAGGAUAAUAAUUAGAUUUUUUUUCUCUCUCCCUGUGUGUGUCAUUCCUUCUUCCUCCCUCCUCUUCCCUGUGCUCUCCUCUCUUCUCUCUAGACAAAACAAAAUGGGGCACUUUGUAGGGAAUGCUGAGAUCAUUAUUGUGGUUUACUCGUUCAUGCCCUAGUCAUUAAACAUGCACCACUGGAUGUAAACAGUGUUAUCUAGUAUGUCAAUUGGUUAUAAUAUUUUAAAUAAAAAAGAAAAAGUGGUAUGAAA